AUGACUCGGGCCCAGCGCCAACUGUUAGGCGCUUGCCUUGGAGUUUUCCUCUUGUGCGUGCUCUACCGUUAUCAUCGCACUGCCGAAAACCUGCCCCCUACACACUUCUCGACCGGCCUCGAUGGCAAAACUGAUUCUCACUGGCCGGUGACGGAAGUCCAGCAAUUUCCGAAGAUUCAAUCGACCGCCUUAGACCCAUCCAUCUCUACCCGCGCGAGACAGUCGUCUGUGAAAGACGCUUUUGAACGAUGUUGGCAGUCAUACCAGGCACUUGCAUGGGCGGCGGAUGAGUUUACGCCGCUCAGUGGUAGCUCCAAAAAUGUGCUGGGAGGAUGGGGCAGUACACUGAUUGAUAACCUGGAUACACUGUGGAUCAUGGGGAUGCACGAUGAAUUUAAGGAGGCCGUGACUACGGUGUCACACAUUCGUUUCUCAAGAACGCAGUCGCCCGAAAUCAAUACCCAUGAGGCCAAUAUCCGUCUACUGGGAGGCCUGUUGGCUGCAUUUGAUCUCAGCGCCGAUCAAAAAUUGUUGAGGAAGUCCAUCGAGCUGGGAAAUAUGCUUUACGCUGCAUUUGACACGCCCAACGGAAUGCCCAUCAUUCAUUGGGAUUUAAAUAGGGGUUCUCACAAGAAAGAGAAGCUCACAGAGGAAAGAGUACUUGUCGCGGAACUGGGCUCCUUUAUUAUGGAGUUUACAAGGUUGUCCCAGAUCACCGGUGACCUCAAAUACUUCGAUGCCGCCCAACGAGUAAUGGAAUUUCUUGAAAGCCAGCAAGACAAUACUCAAGUCCCAGGUCUCUGGCCUGUAUCCAUGAAUGCUACAGCAGAGCUCUUCUACGAGGAUAACUUUACACUGGGGGCUGAAACAAGCUCUCUGUACAAGUCACUACCAGGAGCAUACGUAUUGCUAGGGGGACGAAUGCCCAUGUAUCGCAAGAUGUACGAGAAUGCCACGAUGGCAGCUUCGGAGAACAAUAUUUUCCGACCAAUGAACCCCGAGGACAAAGACAUCCUUGUCUCCGGUAAUAUUCGAGCCGUGAGAGAAGACAGCAAAACGCAGAUAUAUCUAGAGUCACAGGUGCAAUAUCAAUCCUGUUUUGCAGGUGGCAUGUUCGCAUUAGGGGGCGCACUGUUCAAUAAUCCCACCCACCAAGAAAUCGCCCACAAGUUGGUCGAUGGUUGCAUCUGGGCUCACCAAGUUAUCCCGCUAGGAAUCAUGCCCGAGGCUUUUGAUGCGGUUCCGUGUGCCUCGCAAACAAACUGUCCAUGGAGCGAGUGGCAUUGGAAGCAAGAGGUGUGGAAGAACGCGAAUAGUCUCGAGCCAGAACCGAUUCCGAAUCUCAACGUCAAUAAGUUUAUCAAAGAGCAUCGUCUGCCCAAGGGAUUCACCGGAGUCCCGAAGACUGCUUAUAACCUGCGCCCGGAAGCCAUCGAGAGCAUAUUCACUCUCUACCGCAUUACUGGCCGUGAAGAUCUACUCGAUGCAGCUUGGAACAUAUUCCAGGCGAUACAGAAUGCGACGCAGGCGAAGAAUGGUAAUGCGGCCAUCGUUGACGUUACCGUCGAGGGCGGGGAACCGACUCUCGAAGACUCGAUGGACAGCAUUUGGAUGUCGCGGACCCUCAAAUAUUUCUAUCUCAUGUUCGGCUCUUCAAAUACGAUCAGUCUAGAUGAGUUUGUGUUCAAUGCUGGAGGGCACCCCCUGAGACGCCCAAGUGCCUCAUGA